GGGCAGCCSGGCAAUGGGAGCGGGCAGGCGGCGGGGCUGAGCUCGGCCGUGCUUGGGGAUGUCGCAGGCUCCGCCGGGCGCGGGGCAGCUCAAUGCCCUGCCCGACCACUCUCCGCUGGUGCGCGGCGCCGUGUCCGAGCUGCGGCGGCGGGCGGAGGCAGAGCCCGGACAGCGCUGGCCGCAGCCCCUCUCCGAUGCCUUCCUGGUGCGGUUCCUGCGCGCCCGAGACUUCCAYCUGGAGCUGGCCUGGAGGUUAUUGAAGAAUUAUCAGAAGUGGAGAAUUGAAUGCCCCGAAAUAAGUGCAGAUUUACAACCAUCUUCUGUUCUUGGUCUUUUGCAAGCUGGCUAUCAUGGAGUCCUAAGAUCAAGAGAUCCWCAUGGAAGCAAAGUUCUAAUAUAUAGAAUUGGACAAUGGGAUCCCAGUUUGUUUACAGCAUAUGAUGUGUUCCGUGUAAGCCUCAUCACAUCUGAACUCAUUGUAAAGGAGAUUGAGACUCAGAGAAAUGGAGUCAAGGCCAUCUUUGACCUUGAAGGGUGGAGAUUYGCUCAUGCUUUUCAAAUCAGUCCAGCAGUGGCCAAGAAAAUCGCUGCUGUUCUCACAGAUUCCUUUCCACUGAAAGUUCGAGGUAUCCACUUGAUUAAUGAGCCUUUAUUCUUCCACCCCGUCUUCGCUCUAAUUAAGCCUUUUCUCACUGAGAAAAUAAAGGAACGGGUGCAUAUGCAUGGAGAUAACUACUUGCAGAGUCUGACCGAACACUUCCCCGUCAGCAUUCUCCCACGGGAAUAUGGGGGGGAGGAAGUCUCCAUUGAAGAGCUGGCCAAGGAAUGGACUGACUUCAUAAUGGCAUCAACAGAUUAUCUUCGGAGCAUUUCUCUGGUUGCCUGGGAAUAACCUUAAUACAGUAUUUUAUCAAUUCUUGAGCACUUUCGUUCCAUUGUGAAUGAAAGCAGAAUGACUUUGCAGGGCACUGAAUGUUACAUUGGCUGCACUUUUAUACUAACUGGAGUCUAUCAGUGUGUGURUGUGAAGAGAUGAAUGAAUUUUACAUAUUUGUAGCACAGUUUGUAAUCCAGUAACUUGUAUACCAGAAAGAAUGCAUUGGAUAUCAGAUUGAUACUGCUGCUGUUAAGUCUUUGGAGACAAUUCAUCUGUAAUAAUUCAGUCCAGAACCUUACACUUUUGUAUCUUGUAUAGGAUACAAAACAAAGAACAGGUUGUGAAUAGGGUAGUUUGUUGCAGAAAUAAGACCACAGGGCUAAUUUACAAGGAAUGAAGAGGCUGCUUUUUGGAUUGAUUCUCAGGGAAAAAUGAUGUUUGCUAGUUUGUGUCAAAAUGAAAAUUAGUCARCCAUAGUGAGACAUUUGUGUUACUCUUUGUACUGCUUGUGCAGCUUCUGUUUUUGUUCUAAUUAACAGCAUAAUCUUCAAGUUUUAUAGGGAAAGCUGAGUAAAACACCAUGUACUUACUCUUCAAAGGACAGUGUGAAUCAGGRUGAGGAACUGGUAAGAGAGUAAAAACAACCUCGAAAAUUCUUAUUUUCUUUCUUCGAAGUGAUACUGUCUAUGGGCUGCAGUAAACAACUCAGAUUAUUAUCACCUUGAAUCCCUAGUGUAAAAGACUAUAGAGGACAAAAGUUUUCAGCUGUUUGCAUUAUCUGUUUGUUUCAGAGGGUAAAGUAGGUUAUCUUUUGUGGAUCUGAACUUUAAAAAUAUCUGUUGUGUUUUAAGGGUGCUUUGAGGUCACUUGGGACCUCAGCAUAGGAAAUGCUUGAUAUUUUCAUUUUAUUUUCAGAACAGUAAUUGACAACUGUUUGCUGUUGAGAAGAAAUUAUUUUUAAUUUCCAUUAUUACUGCUCCUUCAUUUCUGUAGGGGUAAUGAAAAAAGUAUUUCCAUGCUUACUGAAAACAGGUUUUUGUUUUGUUUUGAAGGGGCAUUAUUGACAUGAACACUGCGUGUGUGAAAGGUAUCACUCACACUACAUAGCAGCAUCAUCCUGCCAUCCCCUGUAUUUAGUAAUCUCAACUGUUAUUUUACUUCUCUCUCAGCUUUUUCCCAAAAUCUCAGUUAGUACACCAACUGCUAGAGUUCAUUUACCGAGUUUUUAACUCUGUUUUGYAAUAAGCCAAGGAGGUUUUGCAYAAGCWCUG